GGCCGGCCCGGCAGGAAGUGGCUGCGGCUGCGGGAGGAGCGGCGGGCGGGAGUGCGGCGCCGAGCCCCAACACGCAGAGCCGGCGCCAUGGCGGCGCUGCCCGCGCCCGCGGGGCCCGGGGACGACGCCUCGGCCGUCCUGGACGAGCUGUCUCGGAACUUCACGUACUGGGCACCGGGCCCGGGCAACGGCUCGCUGUCGAGCGCCUGGUACCGCAGAAACCAGAUUCAUCUUUUUGGAGUUUUGCUGGCUAUUUUAGGAAACCUGGUUAUCAGCAUUUCCCUAAAUAUCCAGAAAUAUUCUCAUCUUCAUUUGGCCCAGAAGGAGCAGCCAGAGCCUUGCUUUAAGAGUGUGCUGUGGUGGAGUGGAGCCCUGCUGAUGGCCAUAGGGGAAACAGGCAACUUUGCUGCCUAUGGAGUUGCUCCCAUCACGCUGAUCGCACCGCUGGGGUGUGUGUCAGUUACAGGUAGUGCCAUCAUUUCUGUUAUAUUUCUAAAAGAAAAUUUGAGAGCCUCGGAUUUACUAGGUAUGACACUGUCAUUUGCUGGAACAUAUCUGUUGGUGAAUUUUGCUCCAAAUAUCACCCAGGCUAUCUCAGCAAGAACAGUACAGUAUUACUUUGUUGGCUGGCAGUUCCUGGUCUAUGUGAUUUUAGAAAUCUUAGUUUUCUGCAUCCUUCUGUAUUUUCAUAAAAGAAAAGGAAUGAAGCACAUAGUGAUCCUGCUCACCCUCGUGGCACUCCUUGCCUCGUUGACUGUGAUUUCAGUAAGAGCUGUCUCAGGCAUGAUCACCCUUUCUGUGACGGGUAAAAUGCAGCUGACUGACGCCAUCUUCUAUAUCAUGCUUGUCAUCAUGAUAGCCUCUUGUAUUUUCCAAGUCAAGUUCCUGAACCAAGCCACAAAACUCUACACAAUGACCACAGUGGUGCCAGUCAACCAUGUCUUCAUUACAACUAGUGCCAUCAUCGCAGGCAUCAUAUUUUACCAGGAAUUCCUUGGUGCUGCUUUUCUCACUAUAUUUAUAUAUCUUUUUGGGUGCUUUCUGUCAUUCCUUGGAGUAUUUUUAGUGACAAGAAAUAGAGAAAAGGAACAUCUACAACAGCCUUUUAUUGGUUUUGGGAAUAUUCCUGGGAAACAAAUGUUGGACAAAAUACAACCAGAUUCAAAUGGCUUAUCCUAUGGAACCUUGCCUGGUGGAAGUGACUCAACAAAGAUCCAAAGCGGAGAGAAGAAAGAAGCCUAAACUGCCGAGAGGGAUGGCUGUUGGCCUGUUAUCCAAUACCACCUUUUAAAAACAUUGCACAUGUUCAGUGUGUGUCAGCAGCUAUUUCAUGCUGACAUAUGCACACAUUCAGUUCAGUCCUCUCCCCCCUGUGGUGAGUCAGGCCUUCCUAAUCUCUCGCAGUCUAAUGCUUUUAUGGAAUGUAACUCAGUGCUCCUCACACCCUGAGCCUCUCCCUAGCGAGCAUCUGACUGGCUGGAUCUUAAUGAGAGCCUGGCUGCUUGAGCAGGAGUGUCACACAAAAAUGCACGCUUGAGAUUUGGCCAUAGAAGGCCUGGGUUUCUUCCGCAUGUGGCUCGCAGGAUCUGCCUGUUGGCUUCAAAAGCACCCUCUAGUGCUACAGCUUUAGCCUUUAAAAAAAGGUUUGAUGCUUUUUGUUCUCAGGUGUCUUCUAUAAGCCUCUUGUAAGGAACUCACUCCUUUUCCCUCUUAGGAUGGCGAGUCAUCGUCUCAGAAAACCAACCCUGUUAAAAUCUUCCUUUCAAAAUAAAGGGCAUCAUUAAAAAAUAGAGUUUACAAGUGGCGUUCUGUGAUGACGUAUGAUAAAAACUCAAAGACCUGCUACUGGCAUUAUUUUAAGCCUAAAAACUGGGAGCAUUUAAAAGAUGUGACUAUGCUCACCUCUGUGGCAUAUAUACCAAAACUCAAACAAUACACAUAUUAUCAUGGCCUCUGUGUAAGUAUGACACACAAAUUUAUAAAGUGUUAAAAGUUUACACCAAUGUUUUUUUAAUAAAACUCAUUUUCUCCAACCUUA